ACACAGCCACGCGAGCGUGUGCGUGAGUGGGAGGUGGUGAGGGACCGGUGUGUCUGCGUGUGAACGUGUGACGAGGCGCAUCUCCUCCCUCCCCUCCCGGGGACCCGCACGGGAUUGGCCUGGCCUGGGCGCCUCGCUCUGGGCCGCUCGGCGGUUCCCCCGUCCUGCCCAGGGUCUCCCCGCUUCCCGGGCUCGCUGGGCUCCGCCCUCUGCGGCAGGGCUUGCGGGGACCGGGCCGGAACUGCGUGGUUGCUGGUGCUCCAGCCCUUCCCCCUCAGUCCGGGCAUGGGCGCCUUCCUCCCGCUGCUCCUGCUGCUGCCGGCCCUGGGACUCGUGUUCCUGGGCCUGGGUCCGAAGCCAGGCAAUGGGCAAGAUAACAGCAUGGUCCAGCUGCCAGGUGGGACAUUCCAGAUGGGGACAAAUUCCCCAGAUGGCAAAGAUGGGGAAGGGCCUACUCGGGAAGUAACAGUGAAGCCCUUUGCCAUUGACAAAUACCCCGUCACCAACAGAGAUUUCAGGGAAUUUGUGAGGCAGAAGAAGUACCAGACAGAAGCUGAAUCAUUUGGGUGGAGUUUUGUCUUUGAAGAUUUAGUAUCUGAUGAGCUGAAAAAGAAAGUGACCCAGAAGCUGGAGUCUGCACCCUGGUGGCUCCCAGUGGAGAAGGCAUUUUGGAGGCAGCCUGCAGGUCCAGGCUCUGGCAUCCGAGACCGGCUAGACUUCCCUGUGCUGCAUGUGAGCUGGAAUGACGCCCAAGCUUUCUGUGCCUGGCGAGGCAAGCGGCUGCCCACAGAGGAGGAAUGGGAGUUUGCUGCCCGGGGAGGGCUGAAGGGUCGAGUAUACCCCUGGGGGAACCAGUUCCAGCUGAAUCGCACCAACCUGUGGCAGGGCAAGUUCCCUCAGGCUGAUACAGCUGAGGAUGGUUUCCAUGGAGCCUCGCCUGUAGAUGCUUUCCCUCCCCAAAACAACUAUGGACUCUAUGACCUCCUGGGCAACGUGUGGGAGUGGACAGCAUCGACAUAUGGACCUCCUAUCCCUGGCCAAGACAGGAAGGUUUUGAGGGGAGCAUCCUGGAUCGACACAGCAGAAGGUUCAGCCAACCACCGGGCCCGAGUUACCACCAGGAUGGGCAACACUCCAGACUCUGCCUCGGACAACUUGGGCUUCCGCUGUGCAGCUAGCCCAGGCCGGCCUCCUGGGGAACUGUGAACAGAGACCAAGAGACAAGGGGGAGAAUCCCCUGUGGUCCUGCCCCCGUGAUCAGCCAGGACUCUCGACUCAGCCAAUGCCUUAUCAACAAAACAUGAGGCCCAGAUGGAGGGUCAGCUGGAGGAACUCCAAACUCCACCUUGGCCACAUCAACCAUUCUCCCUCUCAAUCCCCACCCCCAGCCCUCCAUUGAGUCCCACUCUGUCAAGAACACUGGCUGAAGCUGAGAAUAACCAGGAUCUAAAGGACUAGGCCCAUCGCCGACUCAGGGAACCAAAGCCCCCAGUAUUAAUUAUAGUUUAGGUGUGGCAAACACACCACCUGCACAUUAGAUGGAGGAACAAAGCUUUUACAAGAAUUAUGGAUUGUUGGAAAUGGGAUAGAGUUUCAGUACCACAGAGUACAGAAGUUCUCAAACUAAUUUAGCUCUAGAAUAUAGAUUUGGCCCUUGAAAUACA